AUGCUACUCGCUGGCCCACGCCCACGGCCCCACGCCCACGGCCCCACGCCCACGGCCCCACGCCCGCUGUCACACGCCUACUGCCGCUACCACGCCCACUGCCGCUACCAUGCCCACUGCUGCUACCACGCCCACUCCCGCUACCACGCCCACUCCCGCUACCACGCCCACUCCCGCUACCACGCCCCUUCUGCUACCACGCCCACUGCCGCUACCACGCCCACUGUUGUUACCACGCCCACUGCUGUUAUCAUACCCUCUUCUACCUCCUGGGGAAUGCAAGAGGGUCGGUUCCCACACCAACAAACCCUUGGGCCAACAGGCAAUGCAGAGAAGAAAAAAAAUGAUAAUAUUCAGACAACUGAGAAUGGAAGACAACAGAAAACCACUAAAAAUAUCCUGAAAAUGAAUACACUAGAAUCAGCCCCAAAAUCAAAAUCUACUAAAGCCCCUAAUGCCCCAAAAUCUACUAAAGCCCUUAAUGCCCCAAAAUCUACUAAAGCCCCUAAUGCCCCAAAAUCUACUAAAGCCCCUAAUGCCCCAAAAUCUACUAAAGCCCCUAAUGCCCCAAAAUCUACUAAAGCCCUUAAUGCCCCAAAAUCUACUAAAGCCCUUAAUGCCCCAAAAUCUAUUAAAUAA